AUUCAUUCAGUUUAUUGAAUUCAAGUGAAACAAAGUCUUGAUACGAGCACCAAAGAAACUAAAGGAGAAGAACCCAGUUUGUGAGGAAAGAUUUCGAAACAUUGCGGGGGUUACUCCUCUCUGUUGGUGCCUUCCAGAAGAGUAUAAAAGCUUAGCUCCGAGUCAAGCGGAAGUUAGUGAGCGGAAGAACAUGGAAAACCAUUCACAGACCCGGAUACUGAUGUGGCUGUGGAUCUGCCUGGUGAUACGGCUGUCUGUUGGCUCCGCCCAAGGCACCAUGACCACAAUCUGCGUGGAGAUCAGGCCCAGUGGACCGCAGGAGGAGCCCUACUACAUGUGUCGGGGAGCCAACUUCGGCGGCGAGAACGGACAGCAGAGCUGUGUGGAAGUCCGGAACCAAGGCGAACAGGGCGAGCCUCUCUACAUGUGCCGGGGCGUGGAAUACUUUGGUCCUGGUGGCGAAAGUCGUCCUCUACCAGAGAACUUUCCCGGAGAGCCUCAUACCUUUCCGUCCUUUCCCGCCUUUGGAGGCGGGAAAUUUCAACAGCCCUUGGCCAAGGAAGAAGUCCCACCUACGCAUCCGCCGACAUACCAGGACCAGCCCCUCCAGCCUCAGCCUUCUUUUGAGCAGCCGCAACCCGCCGCCCAGUAUGGAUUCCCCGGAAAUCCCAUGGCUGCCCCUGCAUUUUCACCUCCGGCGCAGCCGUAUGGCCUGCCAGCAGUUCCUCACCCACCUCUUGGCGGCCCAACAGCAGUUUCACCAGGAGUUCCAGUUGGCCCAGGCCCAACGGCCACGGCCUCUCCGCAUGAUCCUGCAGCGGCUGCGAGAGCGGCGAAACUCCUCAGGGAUCACAUAGUGGGGAGCAGUCGCCAUCAGCCGGGCCUCAAUGAAGAUGUCCUGGCAAUGCCGAAUAUAGGACAUGAUAAGGAGGAGCUCAACCAGCAGUAUCGUCGGCCAGUGGAACAGCAAAUGGUCUGGGUUCCGCUGACGCACUCCCAAGAUCCCCAGAACGAUCCCGUGAUGAAGGCGUUUUACAAGAGCCUGGCAGCAGAGCCAGUUGUAAGCCAAGCAGGUCCAGGUUAUGCUCCGCCGCAAGAGCCCUACCAACAGAAUCCAGCUCCGCCCACGCUGCCACCAGCGCCCCCAGCUUACAUCCAACCAGAGGGGCCCAAUAACUAUUGCAGCGAGUGCAGUGCUUCCACUCCAGCAGUCCAAUGUCCGGUCAAUCCGGAAAAUGGAAUGAGUUACAUUCCCGCCUGUCCCAGCUUCCAGCCGGUCAUCAUAGCCAUGCCCUGCUAUGGUUCCCAUCAACCUGUGAAUUACAUGCCCGUCGCAAGACCAGGACCCCCAGUGUUACGAGCUCAAGUGGGUUCACCCUUUGGAGUGCCUCCACCCUUCGGAGGGGCGUUUGGACUGGGCGGCCAGGUGGGAAGUCCCUUUGGGGGGAACCCUCAGAUGGGAGACCAUCAUGUCGGUGGCCCCUUUGGCAUGGGCUUGGGCCUGAAUCCCAUUCUAAAUCCAUUCGGAUCAUUUGGAAACCUUAAUCCAUUCAAUCCCUUCAACCGCGUCCUCGGAUCUCCAGGUUCUGCAACACCACCACCGCAGCCCAACUUAUUCCAGAAUGUAUUCCAGCCUUUCGAGGGGGUAGAGAGCACCACGACUUCUGACUCCUCUUCAUCCAUGGAUUCACCCACUGAAAGAUCCGGAAAGCUCAAUUUCUCUGCCAGCACUCCCGCGUCUCCCAGUACAACACAGAGUGUAACUGUGGGAGCUGCUCACGAAAGUACGGAUGAUCAGGAUUCGGAUGAGGAUGACGAAGACGAAGAUGGUGCGGAUCAGGUGACCACUGCCAUUCCGGCUUUCGAAGAUGAUGCAUCCGCCUCUGACGCCGAUUCGAAGGAACUGACGGCAAAGCAGCUGGUGAACAAGGCAUCCGAUCUCCUGAAACCAGAGAAGAGAAAGCGACACAAUUCCCGAUCCAAUAGUCCUCAGAAACGAAAAUAUCUUCAGCAGUUGUAGCUGUCAAAAUUAAGGACUUAAAAAAUAUUAAACUUUAAUAUAAAAAUAA